GUGUUUGUUGAGCAGAUUUGCAAGAGAUCAUAGUCACGAAAGGAACAAUUGAGCUUUGAACAGAUCUUUACAUUCCAGUAAAAAUUCGAAAAUACCUUCAAAUUUGUUCAGACAACAUGUCUCCAAUCACCUUUGCGGCACUCCUAGUAUUCCUGACUAUUCAUGAAGCGAGCUCUGUGAAUCCGAGAUUGAAUCUGCGAUGUCAGUGCAUCAAGAAGGAGAAAAAGCCCAUAGGGUAUCACAUAUCAACGCUGAAGGUAAACCCUGCAAACUCCCACUGCAUGGACAUUGAGCUCAUUGCAACUCUUAAAAAUGGACUAAAGGUUUGCCUGGAUCCUGAAGCUCCGUGGGUCAAAAAAGUGCUACAGAAGAAACUGUUAUGGCAGACACUACGAAGAAGAAGCCUUCACCUGAAAGACUUUCAUCGUGGAAACACUGAUUCUAACGUCACAGCAAAACCCCCUUUAUUUCUUUAUGAUUGAGAGAUUUAUGCAGCAGCUGCAACAGUUAAUAUGAUUGUAUUGAGCCAUGUGAGAAAAAGGCAGAAAUGAAUGAUGGUGCAAAAUGAUUAAGUCAGUAACUUCUGUGGCUCCGCUGACACAUUUAGUGUUAUCGGCCUGACAAAGCCGUAAUCAAUAGUCAGAAGUGAAGAGGCUGUUCGGAGCAGAGGUGAGGCAAUUUCAAGAAACAAGAAAGGAGGUCUGAAUGUAAUCUAAUCACUAAUACCUAUAUGUUAAACAUUUUUUCCAGUGCAUUGUUACUUUAAAAGAUAUUGUGAAAUCCUAUUUUUCUAUCAUAAAGCCGGGGAAAUGUAAAUAAUUUUAGUGGAAUACUGCAUGUACUGUAUGCCUCUGCUUCAGAGUGUGAAGUUUACUUUACAGUUUGCUUUGUGUUUAAACAGUAAAUAUACAUAAAAGUAGAAAAGUAAAGUCAUGUACUAUAACAAAGUGGUUAUUCUAAAAGAACAGUGGAUAAAUUGUGAUGUCACUUGUAAUGACUCAUAUUAUUGCUUGUUUUUACAAUAUAUUGAUGUGAUUUCA